CAACCAUUACAAAUAUAUAAAAAACCAAAAAAAAAAGAAUUAAGCUAUGGAAAACCUAGACGCCACCAUAGAUAGCAUGGAGAACAGUCGGUUUGCAGCGCUCUAUGGGAGUUUGAUCAAGGAGUUAACCCUAACUUCGGAGUUGUCCCAGACGGACAUCACCUGUUUGCUCGUCGUUUAUUACAAGUUCUCAAAGGCCAACGGACCGCAGUGCAAGCAGAUGACCAAGAAGCAGUUCUAUCAGAUCUUCUUGGUGCUCUUCAACGUGGCCAGUGUCCAGGUGAUCGAACGCACUCUGCUCGCCAUCACAAAGGAUACGAAGUAUGUCAGUCCCAGGGCCUGGAUUCACCUCUUCCAUCUCUACACAACCAAUGACAUUCAAGUGCGAAUGCGAUUUGCCUUCGAGGUCUAUGAUACCAAAGGCACUGGCGUUAUUGAUCGCGAGCAAGUUGGCACGGCUUGUGAAAAAUUUUUUUACGGCGAAGACGAAGAUGAACUUAACGAACUUAAGGCGGACAUGACCGAGUUCCUCAUGAAGAAGUUUGAUCUGGACAAGGACGGAGUCAUUUCCUACGAGGACUAUUCUACUGUCGUGGAACAGCAGCCAAUUUUAGUGGAGUUCUUAGGUUGGUUAUUUCCAUCAAAGGAGGACAAAAAUCUUAUGGCCCAUUGUAUUAACCUGCAUCUUAAAAUGAAUUAAACAUGAUAUUGGUGGUCUUGAACA